CAGCUGUUAUGUGAGUAUGACAUUCAUAGAUACUCGCUAUAACGUUGAUAAAUAUUUUAUUGUCGUAGGACCACGUGCAUAUAUGCUAUUAAACAAUUUUCUCGUGGAAAUUAGUAAACAUGAACGAAAAUCAGAAAGUGCAAUAUUUAAUUGUUGAUACUAGCGGAUUUAUAAAAAAUGCAGCCUUACAGGAUAUCGGAGUUAAUAUAAUAACAGAACAAGAUGUGAUAAAUGAAGUGACAAAUAAAAGGCAGUUAAGAAGAUUAGCUGUUUUGCCAUAUGAUUUAAUAGUACAAACUGCACAUGCUGAGAACAUAAAAUUUGUCACAGAAUUCGCUAAGAGAACUGGUGAUUACACAAGUUUAUCAGCAACUGAUAUAAAAGUAAUUGCAUUAACAUAUCAAUUGGAAAAGGAAAAAUUAGGAACAGAUCACUUAAAAACUGUUCCACCAGUAUCAAAAACAGUAGAUUAUCAUGCACAGGAAGCUACUGAUCUUCAUACUCCUUUAGCUGGUUUUUAUAUGCCAGAGAAACAAAAGAAAGAAGAUUUAUCUUCUAAAUUUUCAAAGUUAACCUGUGAACUAUCAGAACACGAAGUUAAUACUAUUCUUCCUCGAUGUUUUGGGCCAUCUGAUGAUGAGCAAGGCAGUACUAAAUAUGAUGAAUAUGAAAAUGACGAAGAUGGACAUGAGGAUGAAAAUGAAAAUAAAAAUGAAGAUGUAGAUAAAGAUGAACAUGAAGAUGAACAUGAAGAUGAACAUGAAGAUGAACAUGAAGAUGGACAUGAAGAUGAAGAUAAAGAUGAAGAUGAAAAUGAAGAUGAAGAUGAAGAUGAUGAUGAUGAUAGUGGAUGGAUUACACCUAAAAACAUAUCUAUUGUGAAAAAGGAAAUUGAUUCAGAACUUUUAGAAGAGAAACCUGCAACUGUUGCAUGUUUAACAAUGGAUUUUGCUAUGCAAAAUGUUCUAAAACAGAUUGGAUUGAACGUGGUUGCAUUGGAUGGAAGAGUAAUUAAACAAAUGAAAACUUUCAUCUUCAGAUGUUACGCAUGUUAUAAGACUACCAGCAUCAUGACGAAAGUUUUUUGUCCUAGUUGUGGUAAUAAAACAUUAAAGAAGGUUGCAAUUACUUUAGAUGGAGAAGGAAAUCAACAAAUUCAUAUUAAUUUCCGAAAACCAAUAUCGAAGAAAGGCAAAAGAUUUUCUUUGCCAAUGCCAAAAGGUGGAAAACAUGCAAACAAUCCUAUUCUUUGUGAAGAUCAGCCACUACCUGACCAAAGACAAACAAGAUUAGCUCGCACUAAAAAUGAUCCUUUACAAGAUGAUUAUAUAGCGGGCUACUCUCCAUUUAUUAUGCGUGACGUAUAUUCUAAAUCAGCAAUGCUAGGUAUAAGGUCAGGAGGAUCUUUUAAAUAUUGGAUGAAGAAAAAUCCAAACGAAACUAGAAGAAGACGAAAAUAAUGAUUUUAAUUAACUAAUUUAUAUCUUCAUGUAUUAUUCAUUGUAAGAAUAUAAGACUUUUAAAUAUGUAAAUUAAAUAUUAUAUUAUAUGUAGGUA